AUGACCGACUCAACAAUGGCCCCCGAAAAUGUCAUCGUCAUUGGUGCCGGCCCUGUCGGUCUCUUUUCCGCACUGCUCCUUGCACAAAAGGGUAUCAAGGUGACUGUGUUUGACGCGGACGAGGGUAUUUGUCGCAGUCCGAGGGCUGUCGUACAACUCCCUGCGGCAAACCUCGAGUUCGCCAAGGCCGGAAUACUUCAAGAUGUUCUUGAUGUUGGCCAUAGGUCCGACGAUGGAGUCUGUUGGCGAGAUGGCAAUGACACGACCAAGAUCCUGGCGGAUCUGACUCCGCCGCCGUCGGAGAAUCCAAACAUCUGUGCUGCGAUGCUGGGGCAACAUGAGCUGUGCCAAAUCUUCCUGAAGCACUUGCACAACACCGGGAAUGGAAAUGUCAUCUUUAACCAUGCCUUCCUCCGUGCCGAGGACCAUGGCGCCUCAGUUGAAGUUCACGUUAAGCGCGCGCUGGACGACCAAGAGUUGACUUUGAAGUGUCGAUAUCUGAUUGGUGCUGACGGCAGUCGAAGUUCAGUCAGAAAGCACUUGAACCUGCCACUAGAGGGAUACACUUGGCAGGGAAUUCGACUUGUUGCUGUAAACAUCCUGUAUGACCUCGACAAAUAUGGGUGGAAAAGUGGCAACUUUAUUGCUCAUCCAACCGACUGGGCCAUUGUUGUCAGACGCGGAAAAGGGCCACAGUGGAGGAUUGCUACCAGCAUGCGAUUUUUCGAAGGCCCGGAUGGAGAGCCCCUCAACGAUAAGACUAUUUUUCCUGCCGUCAAGGAGAGAGUCGCAAGACUGUUGCCCGGCAAUACGGAUGAAGUGGUCUACACGCAAGCCGCCCCAUACGCUAUCCACCAGCGGUGCGUACCUCAAUAUCGGGUCAAGAACAUUUUACUUGCUGGAGAUGCUGCUCAUUUAAACAAUCCUGUUGGCGGGUUAGGGCUGACGACUGGUGUAUUGGAUGCCGCGCAUCUGGCUGAAGCACUACGCCAAGUGCUGAUCGACAAAGCACCCGACGCUGUCCUUGAAGAUAAUUACAUAGUAGCACUAGGUCUUAGUAAGAUAAAGACAAGGCUUUAA